CGGUAUUACGGUCGUAGGAGUAGGGCGCGUAGGUUAUACCGGUUCCCCGAUCGUGGACGAAAACAGAGACGCGAGAGGAAACUACGAUUAUUCGACCUGGAAAGUAUCGCGCGUCUGGGAGCGAAAAAAAACUAGAGAUCCUUCUCUUGGCGGAGGACAUAGCUUGCGAAGAAUCGCGAGUCGAAACGAUCGUGAAUUUGCGCGAUUUCGAAAUCUCCGUAACGAUUGAGUGAGCAAGCUGAAUAUCGAGUGUUCGUUUAUUUGAAAAGUUUGGCACAAGCAGAUAAGAUCGGGUGUAAACUCUACUUGGAUCUCAAUUUCCUGUAAAUCGCUUGUGCCUGUAUGCAAUGGGUUCGAAGGACGAGUGGGACUAUUCCAUCCAGAAUGGACCCAGCACGUGGGUAACGAAGUUCCCCAUGGCUGCCGGCUCCAGGCAAAGCCCGGUCAACAUCGAGACGAAACGGGCGGAAUCCGAUCACGAAGCUCUAAGCAGCAAGCCAUUGCGUUGGAAGUAUCCGGCUACAGCUUCCCGAAAGCUGGUUAAUCCCGGUUAUUGUUGGCGAGUGGAUACUGCGGGCGAAGGCACAUUUUUGAGCGGUGGACCGUUGAUGGAUGAUGUCUACAAACUGGAGCAGUAUCACUGUCACUGGGGAUGUAGCGAUUCCAGGGGAUCGGAACAUACGGUGGAUGGACAAGCUUUCGCCGGAGAGCUGCAUCUGGUGCACUGGAACACCAGCAAGUACAAGACUUUCGGCGAAGCUGCGAAAGCUUCCGAUGGUUUGGCAGUCCUGGGAGUCUUCCUUAAGGUCGGCAAGACUCAUGAAGAAAUGGACAAGAUUGCGCGUUUGUUGCCGUACGUCUCGCACAAGGACGAGGUCGUAGAAAUUACGGAACCUAUUGACCCUGGUAAACUCCUUCCCGAUGAUAACGGCUACUGGACGUACUUGGGCUCGCUGACGACGCCGCCAUGCAACGAGAGCGUCACUUGGAUCCUCUUCAAAAAGUAUAUCGAGGUGUCCCACCAUCAGUUGAACAUUUUCCGCAAUCUGCGAAAGUUUCCACGUGGCGAGGAGUGCCCGUGCCACGAGAAUCACGGAGCGGUGAUCAACAACUUUCGCCCACCGAUGCCGUUGGGAAAUCGCGUCUUGCGGGAAUGCGGUAGCUUCUAAGCUUUUGUCUCUCCUCGCCCGGGAAAUGAAAAUGAACGAGAAAAAGAGAGGGCAGGGAUAAUCGUCAGGCUCUCCUCUUGGUUCUUGCGGAUCAUCGACCCCGAAGCGACGACUAAUACAGUCGCUAUCGAACGACAGCGUUCAACGUGCCUUUGGAUUAAUCAACGAUUACACUCGCGUUACUUUACGCGAGAUCCUGGCCUUCGUUGUUUCCUCGUAAUUAAGUUUGCAUCGCACGCGUAAUCAAUUCACUUGCGUUGAGAGACGGACUUUCGCAGCGAGAAGAAAAUUCCUGUUACUCUACGAAAACGAAUUAAAAAUAUUUGAUAGUUUUAGCUCUCCUAACUCGACGUAUUCUACAUUUUUAUUAUUAUUUGACAUAAUUAUGCGAUAAGUUGUAAAUCGUAGAAUGGGCUUGCAUCAUUAUUAAAUGUAUUUCGGAACUAUCGCAUCUUUGUGCAGUAUAAAACAAGCGCUGUUUACACGAAAAUCGUAUCACAUAUUUCUUUAAAAAAAUAUCAUCGGUGUUCAUCGAUAUUUUAAAAGACAUUUUAUUAGGUAGUUAGAAGAUAUCUUGCUAGAAGAUAUCUAUAUUAAUUUUAAAUUACAAAUUCAUUACAAUUUCUUAAUCGAAUAUGUUUUGAUAAAGAUACGAGAUAUUAACAGGAAUGUAACUUAAAAAAAGAUACAUUCAUUACUUCAGUAGAUGCAUUAACAGGUAAUUAAUGAUCGUAUUUUUGUCGUCGAUUAAACUAGCUGAAAUAAAAUGUAUAAUUUUAAUUGUUAUUUAUUGAAAAACUCUUUAGAUAAAAAAAUUCUUUCGAUCAAAAGAGAUCUUUUUUUUUCGACAAAAAGCAAUUAUCUUAAACCGCUCAAGUAUCGUGAGUCUUUGGGGAGCGGUCAUGAUCAGGGACAUCGUGUAUAGUAGCUAUCAAGUGUGUAAAACAAUUUAAUUUUAAUUCAAGUGCAAUUACGAGUGAAACGUAGAAUAACAAGCGUCUGCUUUUCGCGCCUUGGGAAUGUAGCUUUCUCGCUAAUUAGAAACUACAAUCCGCUUGUGCAAUACUUGCGCGGCUACGAAAGGGGCGAGAAAUGUGCCUACGCGUAUGUAUGUAGAUAUGCAUUAUUUCGCGAUAGAGAAUAAGACGAGAUAUAAAUAAUAUUAUGCGAUGCAACAGUCAUUAUAUCGCUAUACACAUUAGACUAAUGUACAAAAAUGGCAAGAUGUAAUUUUUAGAUGUAUACUCGCGAUAAAAUCAAAUUCUGUUCGAUCUCGAUCCGUCCUCGGAGGCAGUCAUCGACCAGAUUCGCUUCCGCAAACCGACGCAACGUAUAAUGAUGUAUUGGGUAUAAUGAUCUACCUUGAGUAUGGAUGCUAUACGUUAUAUACAUGUGAUUUUUAAGAAAUAUCUGUCGUUCCAUAACGGCAUAUUUAUUAUGAAGCAACGCGUACGAUUGUUGACGCGCGAGAAAUGUAAGACCCGAAAAAAUCGUACGGCUCUUCAUUCACAACUGUGCUCGUGUAUAUAGAAUUUACGAGAGUAAAUCCAACAUAAUUGCAUUGCACAAGGUUUAUUGCACUUGCAUCACUGUGAUGCAACAAGUGAGAUGCUGAUGUCGCUGUCACAGCGGCUUUUAUCGCGAAUGCGUCUUUAAGGUGUGUAGCAACAGGUGACAAUUGAUAUGCAGCACAAAUAUCGAAGAGAUGAGAUAAUUUUUCAAAGCUCGCUCUUUCAGAAAGAACGACAGAAGAAAAAAUAUAUAUAUACAAUAUUUAUAUGUAUAUUAAUUCUCUUAAAGAAAUUUCUUCAAUCUCUGCAAUUAUGAUUUUUCGAUUAACGCGAGAAAAAUAAUUUGACGGAUUGAAAAAAUUGGAAUGGAAAAUUGGAUAAUUUGACGGAUUGAAAAAAAAUUGGAAAAAAUUCGGAUUAAUAAAAUAAUUGUGAGUGAUUACAACUCUCGAGCGUCAACAAUAGUUUUUAAAAUAAAUGCUAUAUAUACUUAUUUAGAUAUAUUUUGUGUCAUACACUGAUGAAUUUUACGCAUGUGCUGUUUUGUGCAACGUAUGUUAAAUACAUUAUUAUUAUGCUGACUACUUUAUCGUAUGUAUUCUCAGGAAUCGCUGUUUAUAUGUAUUUCUAUAAAAUAUAUAAACAUUUUCUUUUACCAUCGCGUCCUUCGAUUUUGGCUCAUUUGCUAAACGCAUAUACGCCAAUAUUAAAAUUAUUGUUGGCGAUGUAAAAUAUAUAUGUAUUUCGUAGCUUCGACUGUGAUAGAAGGAGCAAAUAAAGAUCGUUUCGUUUGUUCUUUUACGGCAAUA